GCUCAUGGCCCUGACCAUGGAGCUUAACCAUGUGACUCUCAUCUUCUACGCCAGCCUGCAGGCCUACAGGCUGUACAACUUCUACCUGCCGGGGGAGAGCUGUCCAGACCUCCAGCUGCCUCCUGCCAUGACAAGGAGGGACGUCCCCAGGAUUGAGCUGGCCAGUGAGGAUGGGGUCUCCGUCUCCUGUGGCGUGCCCACUAGCUUCUGCAGCCUGACUCUGGGCCUCUGGCACCACGGCAUAUCAUCCGCUGGCCUUCUGGGCACCAAUGACAAUGAAGCAGGCAAUGAGCUGAUGUUGCCGGCUGGCUCUGUGGCCCGCAGCCUGGAGGAGCUCAGCCUGGCCUGGCAGGUGGAUGGUCACUGCAGGGCCACCGAGAAGACUCAGCCGACCUGCCCAGGACAGAGCCCCACCUGCUGGGCCUUCUUCCAGGACCCCCGUUCCAGCUUGGGGAACUGCUUCUGGGUGGUGGACCCUGAACCAUUCCUCAGCCUGUGUGUGCAGGACCCCUGUGGCACCCGGAAGCUCCAGCCUGCCUCCACUCUGGCGGCCACCUAUAUCCACCUGUGUGCCUGCAACUUCAGGACCCUGGCCCCUCCUCCACAGUGUGGUAAGCCACCCCAGCCGGCUGGCAGUCUGCCCCCUGGCUGGCAUCUGCCUUCCAGCUGGAGGAAAAAUCCCUCUCUCUUGCCAGGGAGAACAAAUAAUUGUCAUUCAAGGAGCUAAGAGUCAAAACAAAACAUUUACGGCCUGAUACAGCUCGGAUGUGUGUCCCCUCCAAAUCUCACGUUUGUUAGAGGGGGUACAUCCCUCAUGGAUGGCUUAGCAUCCUGCAUUUGGUGAAGCGUGAGUUCUUGCUCUGUUAGUUCACCUGAGAGCAGUUUGUUUAUAAAAAG